AUGCGCACUGCGCCCGCAGCCCUGGACCAUUUGUCAGGACUACCCGGUGUGGGGGCCGUGCGGAAGGCAGCCGGGCGCGGCGGCCGCUCGCCUCCUCGCCGGCGCGCAGGCGGCGGGAUGCCGGCGGCGGCGGCGGCGCCGGGGCUCCGCCGGGGUGCGUGUCCGGGUGGGCGCCGCCGCCGCCGCAGCUCGGGCGGCGAGCGCGGCCGCCGAGGCAGGGGGGCGCCGGCGGGGACAGGGCGGGGAGGGGGGGGGGCGCGGGGGCGGCCGGGGCCGCGGAUCGGUGCGGCGGGAGGGCGCGAGCCCCGCGCGCCGCCCCUGCGGGCCCCUCCGCCCGUGUGGCCUUUGUGCCGGGCGCGCACCGGGGAGCGAGCGAGCGAGCGGGCGAGCGCGAGAAGUACAAGUCCGGGCGGCCGAGGCAGUGGGAAAAGAGGCCGGGCCACUUUCCGCCCGCUCGGGCUGCGGAGAACGGACCGGUUGAAUGUGCAGGCGCGCCUGCCGGCGUGUGCCGGUGCGCGGCCGAGAGCGAGGCCUCCGCGGCUCCCACCGCGCACACGCGCACCCACACGCACGCACACCCGCGCGGGUCCGCGCGGGGCUCGGCGGCCGAGAGUUUGCGUUCGCGUCCUCGCCGCCGCCUCCCCCUUCCCUAGCGAGUGUGUGAGAAUUUCAUAUAGAUCAGCUCCAAUUUCCGCCAUUUUGGGAAAGUUGCACAAAAAUAAACCCUCCGGUUUUAUUUCUGCCCGCGGCAGGAAAGUGCUUCGGGAAGCGAGGCGGCGCGGGCCCGCGGCGGCCGUCCGCGCGGGGGAGGGCGCGGGCCGCGGGCCGGGCCGGGCGCCGGGAGCCCGCGCCGUCGCGGCGUUCGCCCCGCGCCGCGCCGUGCCGCGCCGGGCUGGGUGCGGGCGCGAGGCGGCGGCGGCGGCGGCGGCGGCGGCGGCCGCGCCGGGGCGGCGGGCUGGAGUAGUGGUAGUGGUGGCGGCGGCGGCGGCGGGGAAGCGCGGGGCUGCUUUUCCUGCAACUUGUUUACGCCUGCCUUAUCCUGGGGAGGAGCGGAGGGUCGGGCGCCGCGUGCGGGCGCCGUUCCGGAAUAAUGGGCUGUGCACACUCGCGUCCUGGGCCCGGCGGGCCGUCCUCGCGCCGCUGCGGCGGGCGGGGGAAGUAGAGGCCGGCGGGGGUGGGGAUCGGGAAGCGCAGGAGCGGAGGCAUCCGCCGCGCGCCCCGCGAGCUGGGGAGCCCCAGCCCCCACCCCCGGCCCUCGGCUCCGAGAUCGGCCCACGGCGCGACCGUGAGAGAAAGUUGAAAGGCGGGCGGCUUCCUGCCCGGCGGCCCCGCGCGGGGCGGGGGCGUCCGUCUGUCCGUCUGCGCUCGCUCGCCCGCCGAAGCGGGGGACGGCCGCCGUCCCGGCGCGCGUGGACCGUGGCCCUGGCCCCACCCUUCCACGGGCAGGCUGAGGUAAACGUCGCCUCGGCUUCCCCCUCGGUGUCUCUGCCGCCGCCACCCCGCUUCCUUUUCCUCCCCCUCCCCGCCGGUGUUUCGGAGGGGACCCGAAAAACGGAGUCUCUUUCCUUAUGCAACUUCCUCGGGCGCCCUGGCGCGGCCCUUCCCCCCGCUCCCGCAUCCCUCGGCCCGCGCCGCGACCGCCGCGGGGGCCCCCGCCGGAACCGGUGCGCCCGCACCCAUUCCAAGCGCACGGAAGCCAAAAUAGGUGUCGGAGCGUUGUGA